AUGAAACUGCAAAAGCUAGCUAUUUAUGCUGUCGCCAUGAUAAGACUAUAUCGAUUGCCUGAUUUGGUUAUGAAAAAUGUCAAAGAUUUAUCAAAUGAAGGUCGAGUAGCAAUAGUUCAUACUUUAGCCGAAUUUGACGGCGGUCAAGUACGUACAGCAAGAUAUUAUGAUAGUAUUGUUGUUAACUGUCUUUCAGCAUCACAUGGUUAUUAUGGAAUCAAUUUCGUCCGGCGAUAG